GGCAACUAAAAUAAUUAUUAUUAAUUAUCACGUCUGUUAUAUGUACGUAUAUUUUGUUAUCUAAUAACUACUAACAAAAGUGAAUGUGUCUAGUUUAUACGUCUGUGUCUAUGAAGCACUUAGUGACUUAGGUAAAAAGUACAAAAAUGAAAAUAAGGCCCUUAUCAGAGCAUUUGCAAAAAAAGGCUAUCACGGAAUUGUUUGAGGAUCCUGCUAGAAUCCAUUUGGAUAUUGAAUACAUAAGAUCCUGGCUUCAAAAGCAGCCACAUCUAAAAUCAGCCAAUCCAUCUGAUCAAAAGAUCGCGUCAUUUUUACGUGGAUGUAAACACAGCCUUGAACGUACGAAAGAAAAACUUGAUAUGAGCUACACACUACGAACAUUGGCGCCGGAAAUAUUUCAAAAAAGAGAUCCUCUGGACCCAAAAAUACAAAAAAUAUUAACCAAAGGGAUAAUAUUGCCAUUAAAGAGAUGUGAAAAUGAUGGCUGUCGACCAAUUUUAACGAGAUUCGAUUGUGAACUGGCUCCUGAAUGUAGCAUAGAAGAUAUGGUAAAAGUUUGUUUCAUGGUAAUUGAAGUGCUGAUAGAAGAAGAUGAUAACAUAAUAAUAUGUGGAGAGGAAUUGGUAUCAGACUUGAAGAAGACAGGAUUUGCUUUAGUAACGCAGUUUACCGCGCCAUUUGCUAAAAAGCUUGUUACAUCAUUCGAAAAAGGCUUGCCAGUGCGAAUGAAGGCUUUUUAUUUCUUGAACCCACCUACAGGAAUCGAGACUGCUUUUUUCAUAUUGAAAUUUUUUAUAAGUGAAAAACUGAAGAAAAGAUUUCAGGUGCACAAUGAGAACUCUAAGGGAGCUUAUGAUCAAAUACCCCAAGAAUUAUUACCACAAGAAUACGGGGGUAAUAAUGGGUCUAUAGAAGAGUUGACUGAGUAUUGGAAAACAAAGUUGGAAAGCUACCGUGACUGGUUCCUUGCUGAAGAAGAAUCGCGUUCCAAUGAAUCUUUGAGACCGAAUGAAGCUAAAACGACAUCGUCACUAUUUGGAGUAGAAGGAUCGUUUAGAAAAUUAGACGUAGAUUAAAAAAUAAUCAUGGUGUAUAUGUAUAUAUUUUAUGUAACGCAAAAUAAAGAAUUUGUUUAUUUGAAACGAUCACUA